UGGUUUUGUGUAUCGGUAUGCCUUCAGUUUAUAACGUGACGUUCAACUGUUCAAAACGUAUUUACGGUGAUAGAAAUAAAAUUAAUGAAUAAAAAAUAAAAGAAAAUUUAUUUGAAAAAAUAUUAAUAAAAUCAAUGAAUCUUUGUUGUUACUACAACUAUUGCUCUCUUGUGUGAUUUGUUUUGUUUGUAAAUGUUUAUACAAAAAAAAAACUCUUGCAAACAUUCUUUAGCUAUUUAUGCCUACUAGACCGAGUGCAGGGCAAAUUAAGCAGCAGCAUAGUUUGUUUUGCUUAAAUUAAAUUUCUUCUAUUGAGAUUAAAACGAAAAAAUUAAAAGAAUUUGGUGUUUGUAACACAAAAAAUAAAUAAAAAAAAAUUUAAAAGGUUAAUUGAAAAUAUUGUAAUUUCCACCUUUACUAAUUCGCUUGUUUUGGUGGGUUUUUUUUGUGAAUGAACUUGAAUUUUAAAUGCGCGCGCGUUACAUAUUUUCGUGGUGCCUGCCAGUGUUUGUGGCUGCUUGUUUUUGAAAUUGAAUUUUGUGCAUUAAUUUGAAUUUUUAAACAAAGUGUUUGUUUAUAUUCUUAAGAGUUUCUUGUGGGGAAAUACUACAUAUAUUAAGCAAUAGAGGAAAUCUUUUGCCAUUUUGUUUAAAAAAAAGUCGUUUUUAGAAGAAACUCUAAAAAGUGUGUUGGCUGUUUAGUGGUUUUACUAAACGCUAGACGUCGGCGUUUUUAGGCUUAACGCUCAAGUGUGUUUUUUCAAAAAUAAAAAAUUAUUUUUAAAUAGAGGUGCGCUUUUGCCAUUUGGCAAUUGUUGUUUGUUCAGUGGUGGUUGUUGUUGUAACUAGUGACAGAGCUGUCAGCUAGAGUGUGUCAACUAAAGUGUUUUUCUUUGGAUUAGUGACAAAUUGUCGUUCAAAAUUACGAGAAACUUAAAGUUUUACAAAAAAAACAACAACCAAAUUGGCCUCAGAGAAAAAAAAACAAGUGUUCAAUAAAAAUAAAAAUUCAAAAAAUAUUGCCACAUAAUUUUUAACAAAAUUUAAGAAAAAUAUUUAAAAAUUUUUUAAAGAAAAAAAUAAAAAAAUAUUUAAAAAUAAAGUGUUAUUAAUUAAAAAAUAAUUACAAAAUUUAAGACAACGAAGUUUAUUAUAACAUAAAAAACACCAUGAUUUCUUUAAAACCCAACAACACAUGUAAUUUAACUGGCCACAUUGGUGAUCGUAUGGCCCGCAGAAGAAAGAGGCAUGUCGACAAAAUGAGUUUAAUGUUGCUGAUAUUUGUUGGCUGCUGUUCAACAUUGAUUUCAAGUCCUCUUCUUGCUCAAGCCAAAGAAUCAAAUAACAAUGCAACAACGUCAAAAGGUGAGAACAUGCUUAGCACUGAUCAUCAGCACGGAGCCGUCUUGGCACAAGGUGAAGCCAACGAUAAAACUAAUGAUAAAAACACUUUCAAAAGACUAAAGCCAACAGACUUUAAUGACAAAGAUGGAGUAAUGUUGGAUGUAGACGAAGUGGAGGAAGAACGUUCAAGUGAAGUCAUAGAAAUGAUACAGCCACCGCAUACAUUACGACAUCAGGAACACUACAAACAACGCAUUUUAAUGGCUGGAAAAGAUUUUCAACAGAAACAAAAACAUGCGGAAAAACAGCUAGAUGAAAAUGCUAUGGCUGAUGACGACCAUAAUGAUGAUGAUGAUGCUGAUGACUAUGGUGACGAUGAACAACAAGAACGAGAAUUAUCUGUGCACAAUAGAAAUCUAAGAUACCAGCAAAUACAACUGGCUUUAAGGGAACCCUUGGCUUCUCCUACACCACCCCACCACCAUCGUCGCCAUGAACAUCAUGUGUCUAAGCAACGCUUGGCAAAACAAACGGCAUUCACCUGGCCACAACAGCAGCUGCAGCAGCAGCAACAUCAUUUAAGACAUCAACACCACCAGCAUCCAGAAUCUCCUCAGCAACCGCAAUUGCGCCAUGUGAAACCAGAAAUGAGGAAGCAAAAUCUCUCAACCACAAACGCCAAACCUCUGCAUCAACGUUAUUUUGAUCGUGAGAGUUCAUAUUCGAAUCCCCUGGCCAGAAUUAUGACAACUGAGGGACCACCUCCUCACUUAAGGCACACAGGCUCCAAUAAAUAUUGGAACACCCUGACCUACUCAACAAAUCCCCAUAAUCGUUUAUACAAUGAUGAGGCCAAUAACAAGCAAAAGGAAAAUGUCGAAGAAGAACAAGAACAAGAGGAAGACAUUAAACGUUUUUCAUUGUCAUUAGAUGAACAUGAAAAUAUCGAUGAAAACAAAGACAAACUAACAUUAGCUGAGACGGCUGCUAAAGUUGAUGACAAUGACAAUUACGAUGUCAGUGCCAAUGGUGAUGAUGAUGAUUCAAACGAGGAAGAUGAUUAUUCCUAUGAAGACGAAGAUGACAAGGAAAUCAAUAUCAAAAAAAAUAAAUAUCCUUCACUAUCCACAAUUACCAAAACGAAUGUUAAACGUUAUACAAAUCCCUUAAGACCUUUAUAUAAACCUUCCUCCUCUCCCUCAUCAUCAUCAUCAUACGCUUACCGUAGUAAUCAUCACUUACGGCAUACGCCACAUAACAUUAAAUCCACUUCCAAUGAUAACGAUAAUGACGAUGACUAUGAUGACAUGGUAAAUUAUGAAGAUGAUACUGCUGCUGUGGCUAUUUCAUCAUCGGUUGUCGAAUCCCCCAACGAUGAUGACAAGUUUUCCGAUGAGAAAUGGAACAAGAUUGAACAUGAACAUUAUCGCAAACAAUUGCAGCAUCAACGUGCCAUGCAAGCUUUACGUUCUCGUCGACCCUCAAACGAUAAUACUCCACAUACGGCAACAGCAACAUUACAUAACAACAAAUACUCUUCAUAUACGCCUGCUGCUGCUGCUUCCCUAACACCAUCUUUAACCUACAAUGCCGCCUGGACAAAGCGUCAAACUAUAAAUGAUGAUGAAGGUGACAACAUUUAUUCACGCUCGUAUGUACCUGGCACAGUGACACGCAAGAAGGAGGAAGAAUUGGGUUCACCUACGGCGAUUUUGGAAUCGAGACGGCAGUAUGCUUUGCAACAGCGUCAAAAUAAAGCUUUGGCCAGUGCCCAUCAUCGUCGUAUUGUUACUGAAGGUUCCUGCCGUUUGCCACAGCCAAGAGUGGAGCGCAUACGCAGAGACUCUUGGAAAAUUUAUACCCCCCAUUGUACGAUUUUACAUCGUUGUGCUGACGAUGCCGGCUGUUGUCCCAGUGAACGUCAAACCUGUGCCCCCAAACGCACCAAAAAUGUGGAUUUAUACUUUUUUGUUAUCAGCCUUAAUGAAACACAAGGUUCAAUUGAGAAAUUAACGUUCGUGAAUCACACAGAAUGUCACUGUGUCCAGCGAUCGAAACAACGAGCACCCGAGUAUGCCAGCUCUGGUGCCAAAGAUCUAAUAGCAAACAAUCAAAUACCAUUCCUAAGACGGGCUACUGUGCUCAAUUGCCAUUGUCCCAAUUUGUUUGAGAAGAUACUGCAAGAGGAUGGCUACUGUCGAUGUGACUGUUCGUCGGGUAAUAUGGGCUGUGAUUGGCUGAAAAGAGGCAUGGAGCAUUUCUCUAUGAAUGAUCGAAAGUGUAUCAUAGAGGGCCGCUGUAAAUUGCCCACCUGCGAAUACGGUCAAUAUAUUAAGAAACAUGGUCGCUGUCCUAGACGGGAGGAAAGACAUCUCUCAGCUGAUAUGGAUUGGUGAGCGGUUUUUGCUGGCUUUAUUACAGAAUAAAGCAUUUGUUUGAAAUGUAACCUGAUUAUUUGCAAAAGUAAUUGGAAAUAUUUUGUGUGUGUUGGCACAAAACGAAACACAAUGUUAUUAAACUUAAAAGUAUUACAAAAUAAAUAAUUUAUUAACUAA